AUGGAGGAAAGCGGCUGCGGGCCCGGGGGCAUUGAGGUGUACGUACGGCUGCGACCGGGGGAGAGCGGCGGGGCUUUGCGGGUGGCGGGAAAGUCCAUAAAAGUAAAAGUGCCAUUUGGAGGACUUGGAGACAGUUUUAAAGAGCAUUUUUUCCAAUUUGACGGAGUUUUGGGGCCUCAGAGUUCCCAAGAAGAAGUCUUUCGAGUUGUGGCGGAGUCCCUCGUGGACUCUGCGUUAAAAGGGGUCAAUGGGACUGUCUUUGCCUACGGGCCCUCGGGCUCGGGCAAGACCUUCACCAUGAGCGGCAGCAGCAGCAGCAGCAGCAGCAGCAGCAGCAGCAGCGGGGGGUUCGCGCAGCGCGGGAUAAUCCCGCGGGCGCUCGCGAGGGUCUUCGAAGCUGCUGCUGCUCCCGCUCGUGCUGCUGACUUUUGGAUUGGAGUUUCUUAUUUGGAGAUCUACCAGGAAAGGGGUUUUGACCUGCUGGCAGCAGCAACAGCAGCAACAGCAGCAGCAACAGCAGCAACAGCAGCAACAGCAGCAACUGCUGCGCAAAGUCGCAGAGUCGAGGCCGCGGCGGACGCGCGCGGACAGCUGCUGCUGCGCGGGCUGUCUGUACACCCCGUCGCCUCCGAAGAAGAGGCCCUCCAACUUCUUUUUCUCGGAGAUGCCAACAGAACUAUUUCCGAAACUUUUCGAAACCAAACUUCCACGAGGUCCCACUGCAUCUUCACUCUCUGGAUCGCCAGCCGCGCCCGCAGCAGCAGCAGCAGCAGCAGCAGCAGCAGCAGCAGCAGCAGCAGCAGCAGGAGGGCCAAGCUGCACUUGGUGGACUUGGCGGGGUCCGAAAGAAACAAAGUUUCUUCUCAAAACUUCUCCGAAAAUAACUUCCAAAAGACUUUUUCCAACAACUCCAAAAACACUCUUUUCCAAGAAACCUGCAGCAUCAACUUGUCCCUCCACUACCUCGAACAAGUCAUCCUCGCGCUGCAGCAGCAGCAGCAAACCAGCAGCAGCAGCAGCAGCAGCAGCAGCAGCAGCAGCAGCAGCAGCAGCAGCAGCAGCAGCAGCAGCAGACACGUGCCGUACCGGAACUCGCUGCUGACUUCCGUGCUGAAGGACUCCUUGGGGGGCAACUGCAGAACUCGGAUGAUAGCAACAGCAACUUUGGAAGCAAAAAGUAUUUUAGAAACUUUUAAAACUUUAAAAUUUGCACAAGUGGUUUCGAAAGUCCAAAACUCCGCGCAAGUCAACGAGGAAGAAGACCCCGCGCUGCUGCUGCUGCGGCUGCAGCGCGAGAACCGACGCCUGCAGCAGCAGCUGCAGCAGCUGCAGCAGCAGCAGCAGCAGCAGAUCCCGCUGCACCAGCCCCGCGGGGUCCUCCUCGGCCAGCUGCAGCAGCAGCAGCAGCAGCAGGGGGACGCAGCAGCAGCAGCGGAACUGCUGCAGCAGCAAACCGAACUCACUGAAGUCGAGAAGCAGUGGUGUGCUGCAGAAGUCGACUCUUUCCUUGCUGCUGCUGCUGCUGCUGCUGCAGAGCAGCAGCAAGAAACCCUCGUGGCAGCAAAAGACCUGCGCCUAGCUGCUUACUGCUUCAACUUGCUCCGCGACAAAUACAGACAAGCCCUAGCAGCAGCAAACACCAACAGCAGCAGCAGCAGCAGCAGCAGCAGCAGCAGCUGCUGCUGCAGCAGCAGCAGCAGCGGGCGCUGCAGCAGCAGCGAGUGCCACCAGGCGCUGCAGCUGCUGCAGCUGCACAUAGAGCAGCGAGACGCAGAGAUUGCCACUUUGCUGGGAAUUAUUCACUUCAGCUCGGAAGCAGCAGCAGCAGACUCUGGCAGAGACCCUCUUGCUGCUGUCACUCGUGCUGCAGUCGAAGCAGCAGUUAGGGGGCCCCCCCGCCACCGCAGCAGCAGCUUGGGGGGCCCCCUCCCAGGGGCUCCGCCGGGGGCCCCGCAGCUGCUCCCGGGGGGGCCCCCAGGGGGCCCCCCGGGGGGCCCCCCAACGCCAGGGGGGCCCCCAGGGGGCCCCCAGCGGCAGGGGGCCCCCGAGGGGGCCCCCCAGGGGGGCCCCCAGGGGGGCCCCCAGGGGGGCCCCCAGGGGGGCCCCCAGGGGGGCCCCCAGGGGGGCCCCCAGGGGGCCCCCUGGCUAGCUGGGCCUGAAGCCACAGCACUUUUGAAGGAAAGGGGAAAAGCUUUGGAAGUGCUGCGGCGAAGUGCCCGGAAGUGUGAAUUUGUGGAAGCAGAUUGUUUGCUGCUGCAGCAGCUGUUUGCUGCUGCUGAGGGGCAGCGAGCAGCAGCAGCAGCAGCAAAAGAAAGAAUUGCUGCAGCGCGGGCGCAGCUGGAGAAGCUGAAGAUCCGGCAGCACCUGCAGGGUGUACGUACACCCGAAGCUGCAGCAGAGGACUGCCCCCGAGAGGCGCUGCUGCUGCAGCAAGUCGAAAAAGACAGAAAUGAAUAUAUUUCUUGGAUUGAAAAACUAAACAAAACCAAAAAAGAAAUGAAAAGAGUCCACCUCACUCUCGAGCGCAGCAGGAAGCAGCUGCAGCAGGACUUCCAGAGGUGGUUCAACACAAUCGCCCGCGCAAACAGCAGCAGCAGCAGCAGCAGCAGCAGCAGCAGCAGCAGCAGCAGCAGCAGCAGCGGAGGCGGCACGCUGGCGCUCCCGCCCCUAUUUCCCUCCUUGGGGGACAGCAGCGCAAACGCCGCUUCUUCCCCCACAGCAGCAACUCUGAACACGCAGAAAGAAACAGCAGCAGCAGCAGCAGCAGCAGCAGCAGCAGCAGCAGCAGCAGCAGCAGCAGCGGAGGCCCCAAGCUUCGUGGACUGGCCUCCCAUGGGGGCCCCCAUUUUCCCUUUUAUGGACUCUUUUAGCGGAAUAAAUGACUUCAAAGAAGAAAGCGAAACUGAGACCAAUUCAAAGAAUAAUGAAACGCUGCAGCAGCAGCCUCUAAGCCAACUGGGGGGCCCCCUGGGGCCCCCCAGUACCCUGGAGGCCCCCAGUACCCUGGGGGCCCCCAGUACCCUGGGGGCCCCCACCAGCACCCUGGGGGCCCCCAGUACCCUGGAGCCCCCCAGUACCCAGGGGGGCCCCAGUACCUUGGGGGCCCCCAGUACCCUGGCCCCCAGUACCCUGGAGGCCCCCAGCACUCUGGGGGCCCCCAGCACCCUGGGGGCCCCCAGUACCCUGGGGGCCCCCAGUACCCUGGGGGCCCCCAGUACCCUGGAGGCUUCAGGGGCCUCAAAGGCCUCAUUUACCCUUCAGGAUUUGCCCUCUUUGGGGGCCCUGGGGCCCCCCCUUUCAGACCUAGAGGACCCUAAGAAACUGGGGGCCCUGGGGGCCCCUGGGGCCUCCAGGGUACCUGAGACCCUCGAUAUACCUGGGGCCCCUAGGGGGGCCCCUGGAGGGGCCCCUGGGGCCCCAGAGCCCCCUGGGGCCCCAGAAAUCCCAGGGGCCCCUGGGGCCCCUGGGGCCCCCGGGGCCCCAGAAAUCCCGGGGGCCCCUGGGGCCCCUGGGGCCCCCGGGGCCCCCGGAGGGUCCAGCGGGCUUUUUGGGGCCCCCGGGGCCCCCGGGUGGCUGGCAGAUGAAAUGGGUUUGGGGGCUGAGGCUUACACUGGUGAUGCUGCAGCAGAUGCGGAAAUAAGGGCCUUUUACAGGGCAGUGGGGGGCCAAAAAGGGGAAAAGAAUUGA